AUGUCUCGUACCGUCGUGAUAAAACUGGGCACUUCUUCCAUCAUCGAUGAGACUACUCACAGCAUACGGUACUCGCUUGUACAGGAUGUAGCGUCCACCAUUGCUGCGCUGCGUGACUCUGGCUGCAGAGUAGUCCUUGUGAGCUCUGGAGCUGUCGGGUUUGGGUUGCAGCAGAUGGGCUUUGCAUCGCGUCCCGACAACCUGUCUGGAAAGCAGGCACUCUCGGCCAUUGGGCAGGCUGAAAUGAUCUUGAUGUGGUCCAAAGUCUUCGCUCAGAGAGGCAUCACUGUGGCCCAAGUUCUGCUCACGCAUGACGACAUCGCAUCGCCUGAACGCUACGACAAUGCCGUUCGAACACUGAAUGAGCUGCUCUCCAUCGGUGUGGUGCCCAUCGUGAACGAAAAUGACACGGUAUCCACCAAGGAAAUCCAGAUAGGAGACAACGACACCCUCGGAGCCAUCACAACCGUGAUGAUUCGCGCCUCUUAUCUCUUCCUACUCACCGACGUCGAUGCCCUCUACGAAAGUAAUCCGAAAUACGACGUCAACGCCUCGAGAAUCCAUUUCGUCACGUCAAUCAGUUCGCUCAAAGACCGCAUCGACUCGUCCAACCUCGGCCCCGGCUCGACGAGUGGGACAGGUGGAAUGGCGACCAAACUGCGUGCAGCAGAGAUUGCCUCUGAAGCGGGCAUCUUCACCGUUCUCGCGUCUUCUUCAAGACCGUCCGUCGUCAGUGACAUUCUCAAGUACUACGACGAUGAGCCAAUGUUGGAUUCUAUUUCGAUGAUGUCCGAGUCCUUUUCUGUUUCCGGUGACAGCAAGGGCGUGCGUCCGCUGCAUACCCUCUUCAUCCCGGACAAUUUCCUGCCCUAG